AUGGCUGAGGACGACGAGUGGACCACCAAGGCGAACGACGUCUUCACCAUCUCUCUCGUCACCAAGUCAGACCAAGGCCCUCCAAAGACCAUCGACAGCUUCCAACCAAAAUGGACGUACCCGAUCUACGAGGAGGAGGAGAUUUAUGGCUACCGGGGCGUGAAGAUCAACCUUCGAUACAAUGCAUCUGACAUGCGCCCGCAUUUCUCGUACACGAAGGGCAAGGAGGUCCCUGCAGGCGUGGCCGACAAGGAGCCGACUGAAAUCAAGGAAUCAGUUGAGGGCUUUCUCCCAGAGGUUGCCUUUGCAAAGAAGGCAGACUUCGAGCAAUACGUUCAAAGCACACCGGAUGAUUGGAAGCCACCAGGAACUCUCAUCUCGACUACCGAGGGCAAAGACGAGACAUACGAGAUCUGGAAGGGCAGCCUUGCCGACCCGGCUGUCUUGCAAUUGGUGAAGAGGAUCCAAAUACUGGUCUCUCUAUUUAUCGAGGGUGGAACGCCAAUACACACCGAGAACACCGAAGAGUACGUGCAGGAUCCUCUGGAGCGGUGGACUGUCUUCUUCCUGUACCAGAAGCGACCAGUGCAAAGCAAGCCGGGCCAGUUCUCGUACGUCUUUGCCGGGUACUCGACCGUCUACCGGCUCUACGCUCUGCAGACACAAAAUUCCACUACCACCCUCAGCACGGGCGAGUUUGAGCUCCCAGCUCAGAACGACUUCACAGAAUUCCCCUGCCGGUCAAGAAUAUCUCAGUUCAUCAUCUUGCCGCCUUUCAGCAAGAAGGGCAACGGCAUGCGGCUGUACAGGCAAAUCUACAAGACUCUGCUCGACGACCCGAAAACGUUCGAGAUCACUGUCGAAGAUCCCAACGAAGAUUUCGAUGUUGUGAGAGACAUGGCAGAUCUUUUGUUCCUACGAGAACAACCCGACUUCAAACAAGCGGUUCAAAUCAAUACCAACGUUGAGAUCCCGAAGAAAGGUGCUCUGCCGAAGGACAUUGUGGACAAGAAGGCCCUCGAGGCGCUUCGGAACAAGUACAAGAUUGCCUCUCGACAGUUCAAUCGGCUCACCGAGUUGACCUGCUUCUUCAAAUUGCCCGACUCCGUCCGUCCGACUCUGGAUAUAGAGGCGGCGGGCUCUAAGACCAAAAAGUCAACGAAGGCGGAGGACCACGAGUACAACCUGUGGAAGCUGUUGACGAAGUCUCGGAUUUAUGCGCAGAAUCGGGAAAUUUUAAGCCAGUUGGAGCCGGAUGAGCGCAUAGCCAAGUUGGACGAGACCGUGUUUGCCGUGGAGCUCGAAUACGCCUUGUUGCUGGCCCGGUACAAGACGAGGCAGGCGUUGCAGGCAGAGGAGAAGUCGGGCGGCAAGAAGAGAAAGUUGAGUGAUGAUAAGGAGUCGCCGAGUGGCAAGAAGUCGAAGACCGAGGACGCCUGA